UCCUUAAUUAUUCUCAUUUCUUUAAAGCAACAAAAUCUCACGAACUUCUAAGCUAACAACAUUCACAAAGGAGAGAGAGAGAAAGGAUACAAUAAAGCAAAAAAGAUCGAAACUUUGCUUUUUUUGUUUCUUUCUUCGUCUCUGCAACUCGAAGAAGAAGAAGAUCAAAGAGUUUGUUGUUUAUCCUAUUUCUAUAAAAACAAGGAAGACGUGGGGUCUCUCUGUUUUCAUUUCUGGCCUUGCGAUUCCGAUAAAACUCUCUCAGCUUCAUUCAAAAAGCCCAUUCAAUCCCAAUCCAAAUCCACUUCUCUCCAACACAUAUAUAUAUAUAUAUAUAUAUAUUUAUAGGCAGAGAGUACAUUUUUUUAUAGAGAGACUUUACCUUUUCUUUUAUUCAUCCUCCAUCUCUCUCUCUCUUUCUUUUGGCUUUUCUCCUCCCGUUCUAAUGGAAGCUUCACCCAAUGAUCGACUUCAUUUUGGCAAAAUGGGUUUCGGGUGUCACCAUUACAGGAGGAGAUGCCAAAUCAGAGCUCCAUGUUGCAACGAAGUCUUCGAUUGUCGCCAUUGUCACAACGAGAGCACUAGCACAUUGCGUAAUAUCUACGACCGUCAUGAUCUUGUUCGCCAAGACGUUAAACAAGUGAUUUGCUCUGUUUGCGAUACAGAGCAGCCGGCAACUCAACUUUGUUCGAAUUGUGGUGUCAACAUGGGAGAAUACUUUUGCGAUAUCUGCAAAUUCUAUGAUGAUGAUACUGAAAAAGGACAGUUCCAUUGUGAUGACUGUGGAAUUUGCAGAGUUGGUGGGCGUGAGAACUUCUUCCAUUGCAACAAGUGUGGAUCUUGUUAUGCGAUUGCUCUGCGCAACAACCAUCGCUGCGUUGAGAAUUCAAUGCGACAUCACUGUCCCAUUUGUUACGAGUACCUUUUUGACUCUCUAAAGGACACAAAUGUGAUGAAAUGCGGACACACAAUGCACCAAGAAUGCUACCAAGAGAUGCUCAAGCGUGACAAGUAUUGUUGUCCGAUUUGCUCGAGGUCAGUGAUUGACAUGUCAAAAACAUGGCAGAGACUGGAUGAAGAGAUUGAAGCUACUGCUAUGCCUUCGGACUACCGCGACAAGAAGGUUUGGAUACUAUGCAACGACUGUAAUGACACAACAGAAGUGAACUUCCACAUAAUCGGACAGAAAUGUGGGCAUUGUCGAUCUUACAACACACGAGCGAUUUCCCCUCCUGUUCUUCCUCAAUGACAAACCUCAAGAUCUUUCAUCUAUUGCCAUCAGAAAGCGAGCAAGAACUUUUUGUUGCAAAAAAACUGUGGCAAAGUUGAUGAUCAGUUACUACAGGAAAAAAAAAAGAAAAAAAAGAUUGAUGAUCAAUAUGAUUAUUGAUCACAAAAGCAAAACACACAUUUGUCUUCAUUGGAUUUGUUGUUCUCUUGUAUUGUUAUAUUUUACCAUUUGUGUUUGGGGGGUUUGAAAUGGAGGGUUAUGUAUAAUAUACUCUAUAUAUAUUCUUGAUCCAGGGAAAAUCACCUGGAUGAUAUGUUUUACAUGGAUUUGUUGAAAA